AUGAAUUCAUCGCUCAUGUCCUCGGUUUCAAGGCUUCACCACUCUUCGGCAGCGUCGCCCUCCUCGUCCAUGAUCUCUGAAUCGUCAACGAUUCAUGACGGAGAUGAAAGUGGCAUGUUUUUCAAAAAAAGAAUGUCAUCUUCGAUCCUUAAUUCAUCUGUUUCGAGUCAGGCAUCGACAGCAUCUCGAUGGGAGGAAAUGAAUUAUCUAGCAAAGGAAAUCCACGAUAAUGCCGUUCGAAAAGGUGGUUCAUCCAAAGAACGAAGCAAACGAAAUUAUGAGGACAAUUUGCGACCCAAUAACAGCUGUAGUCGAGAUUCCAGUACAGUUUUCCCUUCGUCAAGUCGAAACAAGGAACAUGUGUUGUCGGAUACUCUUGAUUCAGCUUCAAGUAUUUUGCAAAAGUAUAUUGACAAGUAUAAUUGUAGAGCAACAACGGGUCACAUGGAUUUGGAUGACUCUCUUACGGACUUGUACAGCAGACUAUCGGAUGGAUUUCCCAAUACCACAAGUACACCUGUCUCCAUUAAGAAUACUCCAAACUAUCUGUUAGAUUCGUCAAUUUCAUCCGUAGCUCCACUCAAAACAGCGUCAGCAAAUCCAAUGGAUGAUCUGUUGUCCAUUUGUUCGAGGUCAACCAUUACAACAAAUUCAGAUGAGUUGUUCAGCAAGUUGGAUCAUUACUCGAAAAAGUACAAUGAGAAAAAAAAGGAGUCUGUGUCAUCCGUUGAGGUAAAAUCUAAAAAGUCAUUGCUGACAAGUGACUCAAUCUUUGAUAGUGAUAAGGAAAAUUUCAUUUCCAAUAAGAGUUCAAAAACUAAGAAAAAAUCAUCAACAACUCCAACCAAACGACCUCAAUCCGUUAAAGUCAGUACCUUACGGGAAUCGUCAAGCGAGACGAACAAAAAGAGAUCCAAAACUCCAAGCAAGUCGUCCACCUCACAAACCUCACAACGGGUCACGUCAACUACCACUACCUCCUCCUCAACGAACAAAUACACAUCUGCCACAAGAAAACCUCCCGUUCCAAAAUUUCCAAAAUCUUCUACUCUAUCAACAACAAACCAUACCAAGAAAUCAACCAAAAAUUCACCUCCCUCAACAAUCAAAUCUUCAACGAGAUGUGAUGACAUUUCAGAUAUUUCGAGCCUUAGUGAGGAUGAGGAGAAAAUGGAGUCCAAAUCUUGUCAGACAAGCAUGAUACAAACUGGUGUUGACACUAUUGAACGACCUUCUUCAGCGAAUACCAUGACCACGCUGGCAAGUAUUUCCAGUAGCAUUCAUUCAUCAUCAAGUCCAUUGAUCGGUUCAACGAAUGAAAUUGCUUUUAAAAUUGUGGGAUCAACAGAAAAUAUUGAAAAGGUGGAAGUAUACUUGAAAAAUUCUCAAAAACAAUCCUAUUUAUGCUCUUCCAAUGCAUCGGUAACGAGCGAAAAACUUGAUCCAGCAUCUGAUAGCAGCUUUACCUUAAAUGCAUCGGAAGAAGAUGUUUCGAACACUCUAAAACCUCUCAAGUCACUCUACAGUAAAUAUUUCACACAAUAA